CACCGAUUGCAAAUGAAUGUAUUGAAUUGGCAUUUCAAAUGCAUUUUCAGUUCGUCAACAUUGGUGUUUACAUUUUUUAUUCAAGAAACUCUUUUUUUACCCCAGGGUUUAUGUAUGGGGGUGAUAUGAUCCUCUGGUCCUGCUGUUCCUCUUUCGGAGUCUCUAUACAAAUCCCGGGUAGGCCUAUUCACAGGCAUGAAGUGAAGCACAUCUGUACUAGUCACUCCUCCUCCAACAGUAUGACGGUGCUCCACCCUCUUCAUCGCUUUCAUCCAUCCGUUACUGUCCCACGAGUGGAUAACAGCGGAUUUCAGCACCGGGACGGAUAGUCCACCGACUCAGGCAUCAUGGCGACAGAGUUCCACAACCUUCAGGAGCUGCAUCACGGUGUGUCUCUGGCCACCAAGGUCUUCAUUCAGAGAGACUACAGUGACAGUACCAUCUGCAAAUUCCAGACCAAGUUCCCAGCAGAGCUGGACAGAAGGAUUGAGAGGAGCCUGUUUGAAGAAACGGUGAAGAUACUCAACAGCUAUUAUGCAGAAGCUGAAAAGAUUGGUGGUCAGUCCUACCUGGAAGGCUGCCUGGCUUGUGCUACGGCCUACAUCGUCUUCCUGUGCAUGGAGACACGCUAUGAAAAGAUACUGAAAAAGAUCAGCAUGUAUAUCCAGGAACAGAACGAGAAGAUCUAUGCACCCAGAGGUUUGCUCCUCACCGACCCAGUCGAGCGGGGUAUGAGAGUGAUAGAGAUCUCCAUUUUUGAAGACAGUGGCACCAGCAGCUCAAGCUCCAGUGGAAGCUCUCCGUCCAGUACCACAGCUCAAUGACUGGGGGAGCAGCCCCAGGGGUACGGGUACAGGGUGGCCAGUACGCUCCCCAAAAUCCGCAUGUUGAAACAUGAAAGCACCAGAUUUUAACAAAAGAGAGUGAGAGCAUAGCUUACUCGCUCUCUUCUUACAAACAGCAAAUGCAAAGCCAGGAGCUUUAACUUACACACACUUCCCUUUCCCUCUCCUCACUUCCUUUAUUUCCGCCUCCUCUGCAUUUCUAUUUGUAACAGACAAAAUCUUUGCACUGAGUUCAUCAAACACCCUCAAUGCUUAAAUUAUGAGGGUUAGCAGAUGGGUAUAGUAAACAGAGUGCAGAUGUUACACCAGAUUUACUUUACUGCAAAACCUAUUGAGCUGCCUUUCUGCCUACAUCGGCAGCUGCCUUCUAUGUCAUCUUCAUAAUGGCCAUGGAACCUUAUAAAAGACUGAUAUGGAACACUACAUAGAUAGCAACUCUGCACACAUUAAAAAACUGACAUACAAUUAACUUUAAUAGAGUUCGGUGUUAGCAUGUUGCUAAGCUAACAAUGCGAUACACUACUAAGCAUAAAUCUGACACAAAUUUUAGGGAAAAAAUAGUCCAUUUUUAAUUAUCUUAUACUGUUUUUAUUUGUACUUUUGAUACAAAAUUGAUACAUACAGUCAGGAAUACAAGAAAUAAAGUUACACUUAAGAGAAUAAACACAUUCAGAAUCAGAAUCAGCUUUAUUGCCAAGUAUGCUUACACAUACAAGGAAUUUGUCUUGGUGACAUGAGCUUCCAGUGUACAACAAUACAAAAACAAUACAAAAACAGCAGCAAGACAUAGAUAAUAAUAAAAAAUAAAACUAAUUAUACACAUACGUACAGACACACACAUACAUACAUACAUACAUACAUACAUACACACAUACACACAUACACAUGGGUAGUGCAAAUCUAAUACAAUCUGUUAUGUACAGUGCAAAUACAAAUCUGUUAUGUACAGUGCAAAUGUUUUUUUUUUUUUUUUGUUUGUUUGUUUGUUUUUCAGAGGAAUGAAAUGGCAGAAGAGGUUGGAUGUGUUGGAUAAAUAUAAGAAAGACUAAACUGUGUAUUGCACAUAGUUAUUGCUCAAUGGGGCAAUUUAACUGUUCAUGAGAUGGAUAGCCUGAGGGAAAAAACUGUUCCUGUGCCUGACGGUUCUGGUGCUCAGAGCUCUGAAGCCUCAGCCAGAAGGCAACAGUUCAAGAGGUAGUGGGCAGGGUGAGUGGGGUCCAGAGUGAUUUUUACAGCCUUUUUCCUCACUCUGGAAGUGUAUAAUUCUUGAAGGGGGGGGGGCAACCAAUAAUCCUCUCAGCAGUUCGAACUGUCCUUUGUAGUCUUCUGAUGUCUGAUUUUGUAGCUGAACCAAACCAGACAGUUACUGAAGUGCAGAGGACAGACUCAGUGACUGCUGAGUAAAACUGUAUCAGCAGCGCCUGUGGCAGGUUGAAUUUCCUCAGCUGGCGAAGGAAGUACAACCUCUGCUGGGCCUUUUUCACAGUGGAGUCAAUGUGGGUCUCCCACUUCAGGUCCUGUGAGAUGGUAGUGCCCAGGAACCUGAAUGACUCCACUGCUGCCACAGUGCUGUUUAGAAUUGUGAGGGGGGUCAGUGUUGGGGUGUUUCUCCUAAAGUCCACAAUGAUCUCCACCAUUUUGAGCGUGUUCACCUCAAGGUUGUUUUGACUGCACCAGACAGCCAGCUGUUCAACCUCCCUUCUGUAUGCAGACUCAUCGUCAUCUCAAAUGAGGCCGAUGACAGUGGUGUCAUCUGCAAACUUCAGGAGCUGGACAGAGGGGUCCUUGGUGAUGCAGUCAUUAGUGUAGAGCACUGGUGCCCUGGGGGGCACCAGUGCUGAUUGUACAGGUGCUAGAAGUGAGUUUCCCCUGUGUCACAAGCUGCUGCCUGUCCGUCAGAAAGCUGGUAAUCCACUGACAGAUAGACAUGGGAACAGAAUUGGUCUAGUUUAUUCUGGAGUAUAGCUGGGAUGAUGGUGUUGAAAGCUGAACUGAAGUCCACAAAAAGGAUCCUUGCAUAUGUCCCUGGUCUGUCCAGAUGUUGCAGGAUAUGAUGCAAUUCUAUGUUGACAGCAUCAUCCACAGACCUGUUUGCUCGAUAAGCAAAUUGAAGGGGAUCUAGAAAGGGUCCAGUGAUGUUCUUCAGGUGGGCCAACACCAGUCUCUCAAAUGAUUUCAUGACCACAGACAUCAGGGCGACAGGUCUGUAGUCAUUUAGUCCUGUGAUUUUUGGUUUCUUUGGGACAGGAAUAAUGAUGGAGCGUUUGAAGCAGCAUGGGACUUCACACUGCUCCAGUGAUCUAUUAAAGAUCUGUGUGAAGAUGGGGGCCACGCUGGUGAGACGCCAUCUGGGCCUGAAGCCUUCCUCGUCUUUUGUUUCCUAAAGACGCGGCUCACACCAUCUUCACAGAUCUUAGUGCAGGUUGAGUAGCAGGAGGGGGGAGGAGGGGGGUUGCAGGAGAUGUUGGUGUUUGUGUGAAGUGAAGGUCAGAGUGGGUGUGGGGUGUGAGAUUGGGCCUUUCAAAGUAGAACACAUUCAGUUCGUCAGCCAGUUGUUGGUUCCCUAUAGGGUUGGGGGUAGGAGUCCUGUAAUUUGUGAGUUGUUUCAUGCCACUCCACACUGAUGCAGGGUCUUCUUUUAGCCACUCUGAUUUCCCUGUUCAGUGUGUUCCUGGCCUGAUUGUACAAGACUUUAUUCCCACCCCUGUAAGCAUCCUCUUUGUCCUGACAAAGCUGCUUGAGCUCUGCUGUAAACCACGGUUUGUCAUUGUUGAACUUUAAAUAAGUCCUAGUAGGAAUGCACAUAUCCUCACAGAAACUGAUAUAUAAUGUAACAGUAUCUGUGAGCUUGUCCAGGUCUGUGGCUGCAGCCUCAAAAACACUCCAAUCCAUGCAAUUGAAGCAGGCUUGUAGUUUCCGCUCUGCUUCAUUGGUCCAUCUCUUUUCAGUCCUUACUACAGGCUUAGCAGAUUUUAAUUUCUGCCUGUAGGUUGGAAGAAGAUGAACCAGACAGUGAUCAGAGAGUCCCAAAGCUGCUUUAGGGACAGAGCGAUAUGCAUCCUUUAUUGUUGUGUAACAAUGAUCCAGUAUGUUCCUGUCUCUGGUGGGGCAUGUGAUGUGCUGUUUGUAUUUGGGCAUUUCACGGGUGAGAUUUGCUUUGUUAAAAUCCCCAAGAAUAAUAAUAACUGAGUCCGGGUAUUGUUGUUCCAUGUCUGUGAUUUGAUCAGCCAGCUGCUGCAGCGCCGCAUUCAAACACACGUUUGGCGCGAUAUACACACUCACCAGAAUAAACGAGGAAAACUCCCGCGGUGAGUAGAAAGGCUUACAGUUAAUAAAGAGCGAUUCCAAAUUAGGACAGCACAUCCUCUUUAACGUUGUUACAUCUGUACACCAACUUUCAUUGAUAUAAAUGAAUGUUCCACCGCCUCUCGUUUUCCCCGCUAACUCCGCGAUGCGAUCCGCUCUGAACAGCUGGAAGCCCAGCAGAUGUAACGCGCUGUCGGAAUGGCUUCACUCAGCCAGGUUUCUGUUGGUGCGGGUGAGGAGAUGUAGUUUGUCCGUUUUGUUAGGAAGAGAGCAGAGAUUCGCUAAGUGAAUACUCGGCAGCACUGUUCGAAAUCCGUGCUGACGGAGUUUGACCAGCGCACCGGCUCGUCUCCCUCACCUGCGUCUCUUGAACAGCAGAGCUGCGCCUCCAACUAAAAUGUCUAGCAAAACGUCUGAAUAUUCAAAAACCGGGAAAAGAUUGUCUGGUACAUGCUGUCGAAUGUUCAGCAGUUCGUCUCUGUUAAAACUGACUGGAAAAAGAUUACUAAACACAGGACAAACAACAAAAACAACAAAAGAACUGAGGAGCUCCACACCGAGGCAGCCAUCCACGGCCUCGUGAUAUACUGCAAAAGAGACAACAAUUAGCGCUGAUGAGGUAUCAGGAACAUAACAUUUUUCAUUUGUUUGCUAGUUUUUAAAUUAUGCCACAGUCACUGGCAUACAUUCAAAAACAGUUUGUUUACCUAUAUCAAUUUUACAUCUGCAGUGGCUUGUUUAAUAUUAAUAUUAUUAAUACUAAAUAAAACUAAUAAUUAAAAUGUAUUAAAUAAAAUUGUUAAUAUUGUUGGUAACACUACAAUAAGGUUGUUUUCAUUAACAUUACUUAAAUAUGCACUCAGUAAUUUUUACUAUUAAAGACAUGAAUUGUAAUUUUUAAACAUAUAUAUAUAUAUAUAAAAUCAUUAGCACUCAUAUGAAAUGAAGAAUCCUGUCAUAUCAGUAACCUUAUAAAAGCUGUUUUAUUCUACAUGGAGAGGGUCCCCUCAUGGGGGCUGCCAUGUUGAGAUCACAUGACCAGUCAAAUACUACUUGCUUAAUCUCAGUAACCAGCCAGUUAUUGGACACUUUCACUCUUGGAUUAAAUUAAUCAUGUCUGACUGUAAUUACUAAAUUUCUACAAUGGCAUCUGUGACUGAAAACUAUUGAUUUUGUAUGAUGCUGCAUCCACACCACUAGGUGUCACUGCAAGUCCUAGAUGACACAAGCAAAAAGUUAAUGAGUGCACCUUUAACUACAUUAGUUAACAUGAACUAACAAUGAACAAUACUUUUACAGCACUCAUUAAUCUUGGUUAAUGUUAAUUUCAAAAAAAUAUUAAUACAUUUUAUAAAAUUAAACAAUUUAUGUUAACAUUAUUAAAUGCAUUAUGAACAUGAUCUUUUAUUAACUUAAGUAUUUAAUUUAAUUUAUUGAGUAUUUUAAUUAAUAUUAACCAAGAUUAAUAAAUGCUUCAAGUAAUUAUUGCUCAUUGUUAGUUCAUGAUAUGUAAUGCAUUUACUUACUGUAUGUUAACAAAUACAACCUUAUUUUAAAAUGUUAUAUAGUUUAAUAUUUAUACAAUAAUAUUACAUAUAUCGUUUAAUAUUAAUAUAAAAUAUCCUCUUGUUUCUGUCACACCCUUCUGUGUGCCUCUCACCUUGAGGCCCCUGGCACCAAUUCCAUCCAAUUCCAUAAUCUGUCCUUGCCCAUACAUUGACUUUGGAGCUAAUUAUGUUCCAAUUGCCCACUCCAUAAUUUGUCCUUGCCUAUACCUCAGACUUUGGUGCUUAUUUGGUUUGGACAGUGACUGUGCUCUUUCUCUCUCUCUAUUUGUCCCCAGCUUACUGGGCCAAAAUUAGCAUUGCCUCAGUUCACUGACAAUCUUAACCAUGCGCAGUGCCCGAAGCUCAUGUUCCCUCCUUUAGUUCCACCACACACCUGCACCACAGAGCUUCAUUGAUUGGUGUUGUGGACAAUAUGCCCAAAAAAGGUAAAGAGGCAAAUGCUAGCCCUUCUGGAAGCAUGGUUGCUUAUUUCUUUACUUAUUUUUGUAUGAUAAAAUCUACCUCCAGUUGGUGCUUGUCCAGGGAGCUGAGGAAGGCAGUGUGGAGAGGAGCAGGUCAAACAUGUAAAUGGGCCUUAGAUAAAUUUUAUUUUGACUGAUAAGGUUCAGAGAAGAUUGACUCACCAGCUGUUCAAAAUUAGUUGUGAGAUGUUGUUCAUAUCUUGCAUAUUUGCAAGACUCUCAGACAUAAUACUGUACAAGAAAGAAUGCACACUAAAUAUUGUCUUGAAAGGAAUAACAGCCCUUUCCAUGAUUGGGCAUACUGACUUACCUUUAGUUUAGGCGUUUAUAUAGAAUGUAGAAAGAAUUCUACUUAAAAAUCUGUGCAAUUGUACAUAGGAAAUAUUCAUAAGGUGUUAAGUUUGGUCUUCCUUUAUCUUGUAGCAUUUUUCCCCAGUUUGGAAUAAAGAAAGUAUGUAACCAAUUAUUCAAUAUUUAGGGGACCAGAGGUAAGAUAAAAUCGGUCAUUGAAAACCCCAUAUUGAUUGGCAACUCGUCUAUAGUAGAUGGCUGAAAAGUUAACAUACAGCUUCUGAAGACUUAGAAUAGCGCACAAGUCAUACAGACUUCUUUUAUGAUGUUUUUUUUUUUUUUUUUUUUUUUUUUUUACCUUUUUGGAGCUUGGCAGUAUAAAUCACCAUCCACUUUCAUUGUAUGAAAAAGAGAAGCCCAUAAAAACACUUCCUAUCAUCCACUUUUGUGAUUCACAAAGAAAAUAUUAUGGUGAAGAAAUUGACGAUUUUAAUUUUUGGAUGAACUAUUCCUUGAAAAUCAUAUAGUAAUCGUAGAAGAUACAUGCUAUUUUUCUAUCCAAACAAGCUUGUUUUAGACAUGCAUGGAAGGAAACAUUCCUUUUUAUGUUAUUUGAAUGUUAAAGUUGAUGUGUGUUAUUUUUUUAAUGUUAAAAUUAUCUUUCCAGCUUAAUGUAGAGUCAACUAUACAGUAUAAUUAAGCCUUUUUAUAGGUUGAAAGUACUCUAUCAAAGGAGGGGCCAGUUCAGCCCGAGACAGCAACACUGGCUCGACCAAUACCGUGAGUUUAGGGCAGGACUAUCUGUUUGUACAACCAAUGGAAGACAGGGAGUUUUCUGGAAUCUGUUUAAAAAUGAAAGUGGUGCAGAAAUUACACAUUUUAACUUUAAGUUCUUUCCUCCUAUUAUCCCUCUACUUUUCUACUUCUUUAUUUUAUGCCAUUCUUUUGCACUUUAUGUUCAGUUUCCCAUCUGGCUACAAUAAACUCACCUUCUCUAGUGUUUUCCUUCAGCUCAGUCACACAUGUGAUCUUUAGUACUGUACUGAAGUACACACAGAUCUCCUGUGCCUGCUGCCUUCAUGUUUCACUGGUGUGGAGAUACCCACCCUGGCGCUGGUCUAUCGGGACUGUGAACUGCCAAAGAGGUGUCUGUAAAUUGUACAUGACUUGCACUAUUAACGCAUGAAAGUGUUUCUGUCUAGAUGUGGACACGUUGUUUGGUACCAUUAUUGAGCGAAUGAAAACUGUCUGCAGUUGUUGUUAUGAUAGAACCAUUCUCGUGUUGAAUGAUGGAAUUGGUUUGUUUAUUUGUGAUAUAUACAAGGGUGGGGAACCUGUAUGUGUAUAAAAAAAAAAAAAGUGUGUUAAAGUCAGCAUGAAACACUGUUGGCAACCCAUUUUACUUCCGAUAUCUGAUGCCCCAUAAAGUAAUCUGAUAUACUGUAUGUGUGUGUUCAUAUAUGGUUUUCACUAGUAAAAAAGUUCUACAUAUAUGCAACAAAUACACUAUUUAAAAAUGGUAGGAAAAUUACAGUUUUCAUAUAUGUAAAAUAUAUUUAUAUAGAUGGAUGGACGGACGGACAGACAGAUAGAUAGAUAUACUGUAUAUACUGUAUUCUGCAUGGGAUAUUUCCAAGUGAAACAGGUUAUUCAACAAGAGCAAAUAUGCUUGAUUGGAGUUGAUUUUAUCCAUCGGGAAUUCACGAGAUCAUGAAAAGUGGUUGUUACAUAUCAGAAUGUACAGUAAGAGGGAUCAGCCAAAAAAGAAAGAUGUUUCAAAAGCAAAGUUAUUACAUUUUGAUUAAAUAUUACAAAGACAGACAUAUUUUUUACAAGACCAGAGCAAUAAGACCAGGAACGUGCAUUAAUAAAGUAAAUAGUGUCAAUUUUGAUUUUAUGUUGACUUCAAUAUUUGUUGGGCUGGAAGGGCAUUUUUAGGUUGCUCAAGAAAGUUUUUACAAGUCAUUCUGCAAAACCUACAGAGCCCCUUAGAAGAUGGCAGUAUAUAUUUUGUAUUUUUUUCUGAAACAGUUUUGCGUGCCCACGCAUCAGUUUUGCAUUCCCUCGCAAUAAUUUACCAUGGUUUUACUACAUGAUACUAAUCAUGAUAUUUGUAGUGAAACCAUAAUAAAAUAAUACAGGAAAAUGAAAACUAUGGUAAUAAAAAGCAUAAUUUUGUGGUUAUUUUGGUUUUACCAUACAAUACCAUAGAUUAACUAUGGUUUUACUAUAGUAAUUUUAUAAACUGAAGUAUAAUUUAUAAAUUAAUUUAAUUAUCACACAUUUGCACAUAUACAAUGAAAUUCUUUUUUUCACAUAUCCCAGCUAAGCUGGGGUCAGAGUGCAGGGUCAGCCAUGAUACAGUGCCCCUGGAGCAGAUUGGGUCAAGGGCCCUGCUCAAGGGCCCAACAGUGGCAUCUUGGCAGUGCUGAGGCUUGAACCCCCAACCUUUAAAUCAGUAACCCAGAGCCUUAACCGCUGAGCCACCACUGCCCCCAUAGUAACUAUAGUUUUUGGUGGAAACCGUGGUUUUACUAUAGUAAUUUUGUAGUAACUAUGAAAAGUACGUACAGUUUUAAUACAGUGUAAUGUAUCCAUAUAGUAACCAUGGUUUUACUAUAGAUUAGCCAUGGUUAAUAUUGUAGUUACUAAACCAUAAUAACCACAAGAUUAUUAUUUUUAUUACCAUAGUUUUCGUUUUCCUGUAAUAUUACUAUGGUUUCACUACAAAUAUUACUGAAGUAAUACCUUGGUAAAUGUAUUGCGAGGGAACGCUAAACUAUUGCGAUGACACACAAAACUUAUUGUAAGAGCACACAAACUACUGCAAGCGAACGCAAAACUUAUUGCAAGGAAACGCAAAAUGUAAAAAAAAAAAAAAUCCUGCACUGUCCUCUAAGGGGCUUCGUAUAUUUACUCCCACAACCCGUUUUGACAAAAACCGACUGGAAAUCUGAAAUGAAUGUUUUUUUAUUGUUUGUCACAGAGAUGGCUCUGCAUGGUUUUACUGACUGAUUUUGACUCUUAUGAUGGAGUGUAAGGUGCCCUUAAUACAACAUUUAGGGUCUGAAAGGGCCCCGGGCUAUUCCAUACCAAUCAGUAAAACAUGACAUAAAAAUGUAUGUUACAUUAAAAAGACAUACAUUACCAUGUGUUUAUAUGGACAAGCCUUCUAUUUUGGUCAGGCCAUACAUAAUUCAUAUGACAUGUCAGGCAGAGAGUGGCUUAUCAGCGCCAUGCCAUGAGUUUUCUACAUUAUUCACUUUUCAUAUAAGUAUAUAUCAACAAACACUUGUGCAUGCAUGUGUGCAUACUAAAUGUCUCCUAAAGGAAAAAGGGAAAAGAUUAUAUAUAUUGAAAAUAUAUAAUAGUAUAAAAUACUUUGAUAUGGCCAAAUUUACAUACUAGUUUUGUAUUGUAGAUUAUGUUGUUCUAAACCAAUUGUUCAUAGGGUAUUACUUAAAAAAAAGUAAAAAUUGUCAUGUUUACCUAAUGUUUAUUCAUAGCAUUCCAGUAACUAUUUAUACUUCCUUUGGGAAUACUAUAAAAUCUGUGUCUCAUUGCUGCUAUAGAGACAAAUGUGUUUUAUUAUAUCUACUAACAUACGUUGAAAUUAACAUUAUACAGUAUAACAACUGAACAGAUAUUUUUGCUGUUGUUUCUUUACUACUGUUACAUUGCACUGAAAGUUUUUAUUUUACAAUUUAUAUAAAAAUCUAUUUGUCUCCCAAAUGUCUAGAUGGUCUGGAUGUAAGCAGGUAUUAUAUUCUGCUUUUGUUAAGAAUGCCAACCAAAAUAAAAUGUUUUGUUCCUCUGGAAACAGAUCAGCUG